AUGCGCUACCUUUGGUUGCGGGGCAACAGCGACUGCUGCAUUGCCGUUUGUAGAACUGCGGAUGUAAUUUCCAUGUACGGUAUGAGUGGUAUAGGUAGUCCCACCGAUGCGGUACAAAUGACCACACUAAUCGAGGCAACACUUGCCGUCAUGGGAUGGACUGCACCCCUGCCUUUUAAAAUUUCCUUGUGGUCUCGUCUGGUAGCCCCUGUUGUGGAUUUAGUGCCCCUUCUGCCACCUGUUGUGCAACAUGAAAGCGUCGCUGUGUUCAGGAGUCAAGGCAGUUGGCGGAACGAUUUGUGCUGCUGGUAG